AUGAGCCGCCAGACCGCGACCGCCCUGCCCACGGGUACGUCCAAGUGCACCCCGUCGCAGCGAGUGCCCGCGCUGACCGGCACCACCGCCUCCAACAAUGACCUGGCCAGCCUCUUCGAGUGUCCUGUCUGCUUUGACUAUGUGCUGCCACCCAUCCUGCAGUGUCAGAGUGGCCACCUCGUUUGUAGCAACUGUCGGCCCAAGCUCACGUGCUGCCCCACCUGCCGAGGCCCCCUGGGCUCCAUCCGUAACCUGGCCAUGGAGAAAGUUGCCAAUUCCGUACUCUUCCCCUGUAAAUAUGCCUCCUCUGGAUGUGAGAUAACUUUGCCACACACGGAGAAAGCAGACCACGAGGAGCUGUGUGAGUUCAGGCCUUACUCCUGCCCGUGCCCCGGGGCCUCGUGUAAGUGGCAAGGCUCCCUGGAUGCUGUCAUGCCACACCUGAUGCAUCAGCACAAGUCCAUCACAACCCUUCAGGGAGAAGAUAUAGUGUUCCUGGCCACAGACAUUAAUCUUCCUGGUGCUGUUGACUGGGUGAUGAUGCAGUCCUGUUUUGGCUUUCACUUCAUGUUAGUGCUGGAGAAACAGGAGAAGUAUGAUGGUCACCAGCAGUUCUUUGCCAUCGUACAGCUGAUAGGAACGCGCAAGCAAGCAGAAAACUUUGCUUACCGGCUCGAGCUAAACGGGCACAGGCGGCGAUUGACUUGGGAAGCAACUCCUCGGUCCAUCCACGAGGGAAUUGCCACAGCCAUCAUGAAUAGUGACUGUCUAGUCUUUGACACCAGCAUUGCACAGCUCUUUGCAGAAAAUGGCAAUUUAGGCAUCAACGUAACUAUAUCCAUGUGCUGAAAGGGCAAUCCAACCUCUUCGGGCCAGUGUUUAAACCGUUGCAUUUAAUUUAGCAGAAACUUAGGGUAACCAUCUUUGACUGUCAGACAAAUUAUUUGGUAGAUGGAGGGUUAGACGUAAAUGAAGGUAAAUAAAAGGAAAGGCUGUUAAAUUACAGGAAGCAGUUGCAUGUAGUAACUAAUAUAUUUAAAAUAAGUCAACAGUAAACCACUGAAAAAAUAUAUAUACACCCAAAAUGGGCAUCUUUUGUAUUAAGAAUCGAUUCUACAGGAAAUGUUGUAAAAUAAUUCUAAAAACUUGUUUGUAGAUUGAUUGUACUGUUGAAGAGGAUACUGUUUUGUGUUUUUGUUUGUGUUUUUUUCCUCCCCCUUUGACUGACAAGCCAUGUUGAGCGGUCCCUGCCGCUGCUUCCCCUCCUGCCCCAUCCCCUUUGUAAGUCACUACAUAGUAUUGCUGCUGUUUGUGUAUAUUUUUUGUGUAUUUGCUAAUUUUUAUUAACUUCUAGUUUUUCAUUAAAUAAAUAUGACUUUCUUUUCUG